UAUGUGGGCGACAAACGAGACGACAAAAUCAAUCUAAGUAUUGGUGUUUAUAGGGAUGAGAGGGGAAAGCCGUUUAUCCCUCCGAGUGUUGUAAAGUGUGAGCAAAUGCUUAUAAAACAGAAUCCACACAAAGAAUACGCUCCCAUCGAAGGGUUCGCAGACUUUCGCCAAACUGUCGCCUCAUUUAUAUUUGGAGAGCAAAGCGAUGUCAUCGGACGGACACGACAUGCGACGGUUCAAGGACUCGGCGGCACCGGAUCUCUCAGAAUAGGAGCCAUAUUUCUAUACGAACUCCAGUCUCACAGCAAAAAGGUUUACAUUCCGGAGCAGACAUGGAGUGCACACAAUCAGGUGUUCUCUCAUUCAGGGUUUGUCGUCAAUCACUACAGGUAUUGGAACUCAAGUACUUUAAGUCUCGACUUUAACGCUCUUAUGGAAGAUAUGGAGACAAUGAUCGAGUAUUCAGUGGUUGUGUUACACUCGACGGCACACAAUCCCACUGGAAAUGAUCCCACAUUAGAUGAAUGGCAACAAAUUAUACGACUUAUGAAACGAAGACAUUUGUUCCCAUUCCUCGACUGCGCGUAUCAGGGCUUUACGUCGGGAUCUGUCGAAGAAGACACGCGAGUGAUUAGACUAUUUGCUGAACAAAUGGAUGAAUUGGUGAUUGCCUUUACAUUCUCCAAGAAUAUGGGUCUCUAUGGGGAAAGAAUCGGAGCGAUGAGUGUUGUCUGUCGGACAUCGGAAGAGGCGGAUAAUGUAUUGACACAAUUGAAGCGAAUAAUACGACCCAUAUAUUCACAUCCGCCCAAUUGGGGCGCAAGACUUGUCACUCUUCUGCUCAAUGAUCACCAGUUGAAGAAAGAAUGGUUUAAUGACGUGAAGAAUAUGCAAACGAGAAUAUCAGACAUCAGAUCACAGUUAGUGCAGGAAUUGAACCGAUUAUCUAAAGGCAAAUAUGUGUGGGAUUUCCUCCUAAAACAAAGAGGAAUGUUUGGUUUCACGGGUUUUACUGAACGACAGGCCAUUCAAUUGAGACAUGAAUUCGCUAUUUAUAUCGCAACCGACGGUCGCAUUAAUAUCGCCGCUAUUAAUGACACGAAUAUUAAGAAAAUAGCAAAUGCUUUGCAUUCAAUCAAAACUAAUGGUUAA